AUGAAUUUUAUUACACCACCAAAACCUAAGAAGAAAUUCUGUCUGCUUUUGGCAGCUAACACAUUGAACAGCCCUGUGUUUGCUGGAGAGUGGACGGCAAAUGUUGCACCAAAUCUUGAGGUCCUGGUCCAGUCCUGUGCUGUUGUACCCUGUACAUACACCCAUCCUAACGAACGCCUGACAAACUCUAAAAUCAAUGCGAUCUGGCAUCUCAAAUCUGGUAUGGACGACCGCAUCUAUAGCGAGGCUACAACGCAGAUCUUGGAAAACUUUAAGGGCCGCACAAAGCUGUUGGGACAUCUGGGUGAUGGCAACUGCACCUUAGAAAUGAUUGACAUCAAAGAUCAUGACAACGGCCCUUUCUGUUUCCGGAUUGAACUUCCGACCGGUUCCAUCGACAAUUUCACUUUGGUGGAUAAUUGCGUCACGUUCAAGAUGCUCGCUAAUCCUCCAGAUCCUAUUCUGACUCACUCAACAGCCAUUCAAGGACGUCCCUACACAGUCACCUGCUCAAUCACCCACACUUGCCCUUCCCAUGUGCCUAAACUCACAUGGAAUAGGGCCACUACAGAUGAUGUGGUCACUGAAGUCCACAAAAACAAUCGUUUUGGCUACUGGGAGACGCAGUCCAUCCUGACGUUUACUCCUGAGGAGAAGGACGACCACAGGGAGAUAAUCUGCACGGUGCAAUUUAAUGGAGAGCGAACAUCCAAAACCGUGUUGAAUCUCUAUCCAGAUUGGUUGCCCACAGUGGUGUAG